AUGACGGAGCUCUCAUAUAGCAUAUCUGACAUUCAGACGCGUAUAUUCGAAAUUCAGGAGAUACGACACCAAACACAAACAACUCGAGAUCCUCAAAGCUCAUCAUCCGGAGUUAUUGAUCAAGCUCUUAUGUCUUUGGAUGAACGUUUGGAAGCCGUUAACCGAGGAAUGAAGUCCGUUGCUGAUGCUUUGGAGCCCUUAUUAUCGCAGACCCCUAAACAGACGGAAGAUGAGGACGAACGAACACUUCUGUUGCGAAAGCAUAAAGCCUUAGUGACUGAUUGGGAAUCCGUCCAGGAUGAAACUGAUGUUCUAAGAGAGGAACUUAAGGAAGACAAAUGGUUAACAGUCUUUCGUACGGUUAGCGAGCAAGCGGAUGGUAUGAUGACUAGUCUGGAGAAGGCUAUACAGCGUUGUCAGGAAUUCAUUUGGCGAGUGCGGAAAAGAGUACCUUCUGAGGAUGCGACUCUAUUAGCUCAAGCAAGCCCGUCCUCAAGAGACGCUGCUCCUCUCACUUACGAGACUUUCCGUAGUUUACAGGAUUCUUAUGAAGCGAAGAAAAAGCAUUAUACGCCUGCUACAUCUAAGGUUCUCUCUAUUAUAGACAAAGGAGUACAGGAUCGCGUGACGAAGAACGGUGAAUGUCUACGUCGACAUGCAGAAUCUACGCAGAGGUGGAAAAACCUGAAGGAACGGAUACAGCGGACAGACGCAGACAUGGAGACAACACGCAAAAUUUUAUUGAUGCAAGGCAGCGAGGCAGACGAAUUUGGUUCCGUUAUCUCGGAAAAGACAUCUAGGUCGUCAGUCCAUGGCAAUGGUCACCUUAUUACUCCUCAGUCUUCGACAGGAUCACGGCGGAUCAGUAAUUCAAUCGAGUCUCUUUCCAAUUCAAUUUCGCCCCUGCGGAAAUUGGCGAAGAGGAUCGGUGGCAGGAUGAGCGGGAGGGCUACACCUGUUAGUAAGGAAGAAGUUGCAAAGCCACCAGCAUCCGAUCCUUUACCGACAGUUCGCAAUCGACGAUCGAUGUUUCCCUUGCGCGGAGUGACCAACCUUGCAACACCUGAGCGACCGAUGCAUAAGCAUUCGCAGAGUAUGACUCCCGAAUCACCGACCACUCGUCGUACUGGUGCGGAAGAGACGAUAAAAUUCAAGGCUCCGAGGUGGAACAGCUCGACGAAGGUCGAAUCCGAGGAGCCCACUCGACCAGUGAGACCAUCAUUAAGUAGGAAAAGCUCAGCAGCAAAUAUGCGAUCGGUCUCGAGUAAUUAUCCGCCCGUACCUCCUAUUCCUCCGAUGACGCCUAACCCACCACGAAGUCUGUCCCGGGCCUCUUUUGCAUCUUCGCGGCCUUGGUCACCGAUUACAGCAUCAAAUGGGUCUACAACACGAUCGUCUAUCAGCCGACCUCCGUCACGGUCUCAAUCAUCUUUCGGUUUUGCGACGAAUCCUCGUGCACGUCCAAGGACCCCUAGUCAUAUUCCAAUGCCUAUCAAUUGGAAGGGGUCUUCAGCUUCAUCAGAUACCAGCUUUGACGACAGGUCACCACCAGAUUCCUCGAUUAUGCAACGCAUCUCCCCUACUCGCUCAACGUCCUCUAUCAGUGGCAUUUCCUCAUAUUCAAGAGCGAAAACACCCUUAGGCACUCAUAUCCCUUAUCCGCGUCCACCAAGUAGAUCCAAGAUUCCUGUUCCCACGCUCUCGUUUUCUUCUGCAUCACGACCUUCAUCUGCCAUGUCCGAUUAUUUCGACCGUCCAGAUACGUCGAUGUCCUUCCGUUCCAGCGCUCUCCGUGCCCAGACACCUGAAGCUACUCUGCGGGGACGCGUCCAACAGCUUCCGUACUUUCAUGAUAAUGCUUCGUCUAUCUCACCUGGUUUAAGACGAUCGAGUCGAGCACCACCGUCGAGCUAUCGUCGCGAGCCUUCCGUUGCUCCGCCCCUUCCGCAUACUCCCCUGUCGAGACCGGGCUCUCGUGCGGGAGCAUAUACGCCUAGUUUUGAGUCCCGUUCUAUGCAUACGUAUAUACCUGCUAAUCCUAAGGAUCCUCUUGAUGCGGAGGUUGCUGCCAUCGGAAAUUCGAUUCCUCACGGUCUGCUAAUUGAGCGCAUCGACCCACCUUUACGUGUGAUUCCGAAGGAUAACGAAGAGAUCAAGGCACAGUAUGCAUUCUCCAAUCACUUGGCGAGGAAGAUUGUAGCGUGCCGGUUGCUUACGAUGAGUCGGUCUGGUGUGAAGUCGAAGAAGGUUAUGUGUCGUGUUGGUGGAGGCUGGCAGGAACUAUCGUUGUAUCUUCUUAGUCGUCAAGCCGGUAACUAG